UGCCUUUGCCAUCCCCGCCGCUCUCCCUCCCCUCCUCCGGAUCCAUCGCCGGCCGAGCUCCGCCGAGGGCCGGGCGCUCCGCCGGGCUCUCCCCCGCUCCCCGCAGCCUUUUGCCGAGCCAGGGCUAUCUUUUCGGAGGCUCGGCGAGAUGCCCUUGGCGGCGAUGCGAUCGCAUAGCAACCCAGCAGCCGGGGCGGCGGCGGAGGAGAGGCGGCGGUGCUGAGCAUCAUCAGCAUCAGCAUGCAUCCCUGUCACACGGGCUCCCGUGCUGAUUCACACGCAGCCCCCCGCGCCUCAGACCCGCCGGACACGGAAGGUGCUCCAUCCCCAUGACCAUCGGUGCUGAUGCAGCCCCUGGUGAUGCAGGAAUGGCUGCGUGCGCUCCCGCCGUGUCCUGAGUGGCGCAUCCCGGAGCAGGCGCAGCGCAGCAGCUCUGCCCGCCCGCCGGCUCAGGUUGAAGCCUCGCAGGAUGGUGCAGGACCUUCGUGUGUGACCCCCCGGGCUCUGAGCAGCGCUGCCGGGCUCCAGGCCCCUCUGGAGAUGAAUCUUUGCUGGAACGAGAUCAAAAAAAAAUCCCACAGCCUUCGGGCUCGGCUGGAGGCCUUCUCUGACCACAGUGGGAAGCUGCAGGUGCCUCUCCAGGAGAUCAUCGACUGGCUGGGGCAGAAGGAUGAGGAGCUGUCGGCGCAGCUGCCCCUGCGGGGCGACGUUCUCCUGGUGCAGCAGGAGAAGGAGACACACGCCGCUUUCAUGGAAGAAGUGAAGUCUCGGGGGCCGUACAUUUACUCUGUCCUGGAGUCAGCACAGGCUUUCCUUUCCCAGCACCCGUUUGAGGAAUUAGAAGAGCCGACUUUGGAAAGCAAAGAUGUGUCUCCCCGGCACCGCAUCCAGAACAUCAGCCGCUUUGUGUGGAAGCAGGCGAACGUGGCCAGCGAGCUGUGGGAGAAGCUCACGGCCCGCUGCGUGGACCAGCACCGCCACAUUGAGCGGACCCUGGAGCAGCUGCUGGAGAUCAAAGGGGCUAUGGAAGAGCUCAGCACCACCCUGGACCAGGCUGAAAGCGUGAGGGAGACCUGGGAGCCCAUCGGGGAUCUCUUCAUUGACUCCUUGCCCGAGCACAUCCAGUCGACCAAGCUGUUCAAAGAGGAGCUCUCCCCCAUGAAGGACGGGGUGAAGGUGGUCAAUGAUCUCGCACACCAGCUCGCCAUCUCAGAUGUCCACCUGUGCAUGGAGAAUUCCCGCGCCCUGGAGCAGAUCAACACCCGCUGGAAACAGCUGCAGGCCUCCAUAAACGAACGGCUGAAGCAGCUCCAGGAUGCCCACCGGGACUUUGGACCAGGCUCCCAGCACUUCCUCUCCUCCUCUGUCCAGGUGCCCUGGGAGCGAGCCAUCUCCCCCAACAAAGUGCCAUACUACAUCAACCACCAAGCCCAGACGACGUGCUGGGACCACCCAAAGAUGACAGAGUUGUACCAGACGCUGGCGGAUCUGAACAACAUCAAGUUCUCGGCGUAUCGGACGGCCAUGAAACUCCGGCGGGUGCAAAAAGCCCUUCGAUUGGACAUGGUCACCCUGGCCACGGCUUUGGAAAUCUUCAACGAGCACGACCUGCAGCCCAGCGACCGGGCCAUGGACGUGGUGGAGGUCAUCCACUGCCUGACCGCCCUCUACGAGCGGCUGGAGGAGGAGAGGGGCAUCCUGGUCAAUGUGCCCCUCUGCGUGGACAUGAGCCUCAACUGGCUGCUGAACGUCUUUGACAGUGGCCGCAGCGGGAAGAUGAGGGCUCUGUCCUUCAAGACGGGCAUCGCGUGUCUGUGCGGGACAGAGGUCAAGGAGAAGUUCCAGUAUCUCUUCAGCCAAGUGGCCAACGCCGGGGGACUGUGCGACCAGCGGCACCUCGGCGUCCUGCUCCACGAGGCCAUCCAGGUCCCUCGCCAGCUGGGGGAGGUGGCAGCUUUCGGGGGCAGCAACGUGGAGCCCAGCAUCCGCAGCUGCUUCCGCUUCAGUAACGGGAAGUCUGCCAUUGAGGCGUCCCAGUUCCUGGAGUGGGCCAACCUGGAGCCGCAGUCCAUGGUGUGGCUGGCGGUGCUGCACCGCGUGGCCGUGGCCGAGCAGGUGAAGCACCAGACCAAGUGCUCCGUGUGCCGGCAGUGCCCCAUCAAGGGCUUCAGGUAUCGGAGCCUGAAGCAGUUCAAUGUGGAUAUCUGCCAGACCUGCUUCCUCACCGGGAGAGCCAGCAAGGGCAACAAGCUGCACUACCCCAUCAUGGAGUACUACACCCCGACCACAUCCAGUGAGAACAUGAGAGACUUUGCCACGACUCUGAAGAACAAGUUUCGGUCCAAGCAGUACUUCAGCAAGCACCCCCAGAGAGGUUACCUGCCCGUCCAGUCCGUGCUCGAGGCUGACUUCUCUGAGACCCCAGCCUCCUCCCCGAUGCUGCCGCACGCUGACACGCACUCCCGGAUCGAGCACUUUGCCAGCAGGCUUGCAGAGAUGGAAAGCCAGAGUUGUUCCUUCUUCAGUGAUAGCCUGUCCCCUGAUGACAGCCUGGAUGAGGACCAGUACCUGCUGCGCCAUUCCAGCCCCAUCACCGACAGAGAGCCUGGGGGCAGCCAGCAGGUCCCAGGAAGCCUCACCAUGGAUGACAAGGGAGAGCUGGAGAGAGUCCUGGCCCACUUAGAGGAUGAAAACAGGAUCCUCCAGGGAGAGCUGAGACGUUUGAAAUGGCAGCACGAUGAGGCAGUGGAGUCUCCGACCUUGGCGACAAGCUCUCCUGACUCGGUGCAAGACGCGCGUAACGACGAGCUCCUGGCCGAAGCGCGAAUCCUCCGGCAGCACAAGAGCCGCCUGGAGACACGGAUGCAGAUCCUGGAGGACCACAACAAGCAGCUGGAGUCACAGCUGCACAGGCUGAGGGAGCUGCUGCUGCAGCCUCCAGCAGAGUCAGAAGGCAAUGGUUCAGCAGCCUCUUCCUUGGCUUCGUCUCCACAUCAGUCAGAAGGCAGCCAGGCCAGGGACAAAGAGCACAGCACCCCUGACACUGAAACCGCAGAUGAGGUGGAAGCCAAAACCCAGGAGGUCAGCAUGUGCCUGGAAGACAUAAUGGAGAAGCUGCGGAGCGCCUUCCCCAGCUCCCGAGGUACUUGAGUGAAAUCCUCCUCUUCCCACUGCUCCCUCAGGUAUGACCUCCCUUAUCUAACACCUCCUGUGAGCCAGAGGCUUUUCCUAACCGGCUACCUGGCUGCUUUCCUCCCCCUCUCUCCCUGCCAUGCUCCCUGUGCUGCAGCAGACCUCACACAGACUCCCUCCGAGCUGGUGGUGCAGGAUGCUUGCCAGCUCCAGAAGAACUCAGGGGAACAUAGGUCAUGCAGGAGUGGGACUGUGGGCUCCCCAGGAGGUUUGGUCACUCAGCCACGGUGUCCAAGCCCGGGUGGGAUGGUUCAGAAGAAAGAACUGAAGCCAUGAAAACUGCCUGUCUCCCCUGGCACCCACGGGCUGCUGCCUUGGCCUGUAGCCCUUCGGGGGAUGCAGAGCUCAGCAUCCCACUCUUCAUUCGUGCCCAGGAGCCUCCAGGUGUGUGGGCGCCAAAACACUCCUGGAGCAGCAGAAUUUUUAAAAUAACUCUUUAUAACAGUAACCAGCUGCCAGCCUUAUGGUUUGAGCUCUGCCCCCCAAGGCUCUGCAGCCAGCCAGGCACAUACCACCAGGAGAGAGUCUGUGAGGUUUAUGGAGUAGGGAUUGAGUCCAUGUUAGAGCUUCAGCCCAGCUAGUAGCCUUAUAUCGAGAGGGUCUUUAUAACAGAGCCUUAUUGUUUAAUUUGCAUAUAUUUCUAUAUAUAUUAUAUAUAUAUUCUGUACUUAAAUACUCUCAUGGACUCACUCUAUUAAACUCUAAUACCUUGAGUGUAGCUGCCCUUCACUUUCAGACCAGCCCGGCUCCUGCUCCCAGGGGAACCAGCACCUUCCCUUGUUGCUGGUGUUGCCUUGCAGGGCUGCUGAGGGAGCUCAGUGGGGGCUGGACCCACAGCAGGUACUUCAUCCUGCCCGCUUUCCCGGGGAUCUGUGCCUUUGCCGUGGCGCAGAGAGCCUGUCCUGCACAGAGCCUCCAUCCCUCAGCUCCCGCAGGCAGGGCUUUCUCCAGCCCUGAGCCCACCUUGGGCUGAUGCAGGCGCAUGGCAGGCUGGGUGGAUCCCACCUCGCUGUCCCCAGGGAGCAGCUGCCCUGCUGCUGUCCCCAAAUCUGAGUUGAGCUGCGGGGCUGGAGGCCCUCGUUGGGAGCGGGUCCCCGUGGGGCUGUCCUGCCAGCUUGGGGGGGGUGGCUCCUGGUCCCCAGGGUCCCUCGGGCCGGCUGUCUUGGGCUGUGUCAUGUCGAGAAAGGCAGAGUCAGGUGCUGCAGGGUAACCCAGAGCCGGGGCUGAGAUGGCCCCAGUGCUCUGGAGAGGCUGUGGAGAGAUGAGAGGCUUGAGCCAUCGGGGCAGGGCAGGGCAGGGCUGCACGCCGGGGUGGGACAUCCGAUGGGAACAGGGCUUGCGAGGACAGAGCCAGGGCUGUUGCUGCUGGCUGGGACAGGACAGGGUGCUGCCCUGUGCGGGGAGGUUGUGACCAGGGCAGGGUGCCAGGGCUGUGGGCAGAGGUGAGGAGCGGUGCCCACACCGAGGACAAGCGAUGUGAGCCUCGCAGCCAGGGCUGUUCAGUGUCCCUGCUGUCCCCUGUCCAGUGUGGUGGCCGUAGGGUGGCUUUGGGUGUGCCGUGUGGGGCUGCAGUGAGAGGGAGGGACCACAGGCCAGCCUGUGAGACCCAGCUGGACCCCUCUGUUACCCCAGGGGUGGGAUGGCAGCAGAGUGAGGCUCGGCCUGAGGGUGUGGUCAGGGGUAUCCAGCCUUGGGGGGCACCGGAGGAAGAAAAAGGGGCAGGAUGAGGACAGAGCUGCUGGCCCCAGUGCUGGGUGUGGGGAGCAGAGGUGGCCAGGUUGGGUGCUUGGGCUGUGUCAGGGAGGGGAGCAGGCUGGCUAAUGCUCUGGUAACCAUGUACCGUGGUGCUGCUGUCCUCACUGCUUUGUGGCAUCUCUGCUCUGGAAAGAGAAUAAAUUUGUAUUUAUACUGA